AUGGCCACCACCACCUCACUCACCCAACCGCCCUCACCAACAACACCACACCACCGUCCCCCUUCCCGCUCUGAACGUCUUUUAAGGGACACCCUCAAACGAGACGAGCAGGAACGUCUCCCGACGCAUAGGAGGAGACAUUCAGUCAACGUUAGCCCACACCCCCAGGGUGGGGAAGACAACUACGCCGCCCGUGGAACGUACCUCUUCCGCACAGCGAUGAACGCACCACGUGUACCCUCCCCUUCUCCCUCACGCCACACAUUCAAUCAUACCCUGUCGCAUUACUACGGUUCCCCUGAACACCAGCAGCGUGGCGCACAACCGCGCAGUCCAUCUCCUUCACCUUCCUCAGGAAGACGUAAUCGCUCCUCGCACCCUUCCCCACUCCUCCCUUCACACGGACACGGGAUGUCCCGCCAAGCGUCUAUAUCGCAACCUGGUAGACCGCGCGAGGGGAAACAUCGGCCUCCGGCUGUACUUGUCCCCUCCCCUCGUCCUGGUGAGCCGAUGGGGAUGACGCCGCAUGAGCAGGUGUUGAGGGCAAGGUUGGAGAGGGUGCUUUGUUCUGCUGGUCGCGUCGUUUCUGAUCAGAGUGUCCAGACGACGAAGGGGGAGAGGGAAAGAGAAAGGAGGAGGAGGAGUAAUGAAGUUCGCGAUGAAGUUGAUGGGUGGCCUUGGAGGGAGAGGGAAUAUGAUAGUCCUUCUUUGGUGUCGACACCACCACACUCAACCUCCUCCGGGUCCUCCUCUUCAAACAUCCCCAACCAAACUCGAGAACAUGUCCAAUUCGAAACACGUGUGAACGUUACGAGGAACAGAAGUAAGACGGACCCUCACCCCGUUCAUGCUCCUCCUUCGACUACGGCGUCAUCGAGGCGGAACGCCACUGCACCUACACCUCCUCGUCCCCACCACCAACAAGUCACCACCCCAUCACACCGAAGCAAAUACUCUCAAUCCCGCGAACGCGAACGGGACGAAGACGCGAGACUGUUAACACCACCACCUACCCCACCCUUCUCCAGCUCCUUCCAAUUCCAAGAACAGGAAUAUCACCCGUCGCCGUACCCCGUCAAAACGAGGCUCACACCCCGCAGACCAACACACGCCCCCGUUCCCGUUCCUGUCUCUCGUGGGGAAGGGGAUGAUACGUGUUCGACCUCCUCAUCAUCCUCACUCCAUUCCCUUCCUCCUUACGGGUAUUCUCCUUCCCCCCCUCAAGGACAGGCAGGAAGCGUAGGGGGAUCACCGCAGUUCAACGCACGUAAGGCUAGUGCGAGGUGUCGUAAGAUUGAGGGUGGAUUCCCGAUAUUAUUAUUGUCUUGGUACAUACGUGCAUACAUACCUUCACGAGAAAUCGUCAGUCUCUCAUUUAUCAUCUGGCCGAUUGGGACGUAA